AUGGCCACUCACGUUGUCACUACCACCACUAUUUCUCCUCUGUCUGCCAACCAGAUCUCUGUUUACGGCCAUCCAUCUCCUGUGAACUCGGCUUCCGCCACCCCUGCCAAAAAUUCUCCCACUUCUCCCCGUCUACAGCAUCUUCCUUUGCAGUGUCGCCAGCUGCGGCCUCUUAAGGGUCCCUUGUACGUCCCCGCUGCCCUGCGUCCUACCGAACGCCCUCAGAAGUCCUCUCCCCCCACCCCUCCGCGCAGUGUGCACGGUUCUCUGGACAGUUUGAACGACGAAGAACCUAGUACGCUCGUCAGCCGUCGUUCGACCAUGGAGAGCAACUUUAACAACACCAUCAGCAAGCUCGCUGAGAAUGAGUGGAUGAAGACGGAGCACCUUGGUCAAGUUACUGGUCUUCCCACUAGAGAACACUGGAAGGCAAUGAGCAAAAAGAUUAACAAUGCUCCCUCACAGGCGGACGCUGCUUCUCCCAACUGCGACUCACCCACCUGCCGCUCAUCUUUUGGCCUCUUCCUGCGUCGUCACCAUUGCCGCCACUGCGGACAUGUGUUCUGCUCCUCUCACACUCCCCAUAUAGUGCCUCUUGAUCAAGAUGCUCGCUUCCACCCUGAAGGAGUUCCUUCUCGCGCCUGCGAUCUCUGCUGGAGCGCUUACCAACGCUGGGAAGAGGCUCGCACUGAGCGUUUGAACAAGAUCCAGACUCUCUUGACUCAGCAAGAGACGACUGGCAAUAUCAACCAAGACACCGAGUCUGCCACAAACGUUACAGCGAGCUCCGACACUCCGCAGCAGGACGAUCCUUCGAACCAAGCCACCAAUGCUCCUCAGGGCCAGGCUACUGAGAUUGCUGCCAGCGUUCCCCGCGGAUGGAACUGGAGCACCUUCUAA